GAGGGGAUCCUUCGUUUUCUUUGGGGGCCGACUGUCAUCACGUAAACAAGAAAGGAAGGUCCCUUGGAAAGAGGAAGAAGAUAAUCUUGGCCAAGUGAACUCGAUUAUUAAACGCUCCCUCAUUCAUGGUUCGCCCUGCCCCAUGGAGGAGGACGAUGCCCAGUUCGUGAAUGAGGAGACGGGUCUCGGGCAUUAAGGCGGCGGUUGUGGGGGGGUUGUGUGGGCACGAGGUGGUGCUAUGAAACGCUUUUGGCUGGAGGAGACGUUGUUGCUGCUGCCGAUGUGGCCGUUUCUGUGUUCGAGGGGCUGGACGUCCAGGAAAAUGUCCCACAGGGCCAAUUUGACGCUGGUGAUCCUGAUGUUGAUUCAGCUGGUGCCUUCUUCGUGUACGGUCGGCAAGAAAUGUAAACCCAAAUCUCUUGGUACUUGUGAUGAUAACGAGAUAUGUGUGGUUGGUGACAACCCGGACGAGAGCGUUUGCGCAUGUCGUGAAGGGUUUGACGAAAAUCCAGACACACACAAAUGUGAGGCUCCUGAACCCCCUCCUGAACCUUCCAAGAGUCAUUGGGCUCUAGGCUUAGGAUUAGCCCUUCUAUUUUUCCUCCUUUUUGUGGUGUCUACUUUACUUGCCCUGCACUACAAAUUUGGCUUACUCUCUGGGAUAUGCGAUCGUCUUCCUCGGUUUCGUCCGUUCGGCAGGAGCGGACGAGACUUUAGCAUGGUUGAUAAUGAAGAUGAAGAUGUGAAUCCCAUCGUCUGAGACUGGGAAAAGACCGACUGUUUGCCACAAAUGUGAUUUGGAUUACUGGAUGAUACAUUACGUCUUAGUGCAAAAUUAGUCUUGAAAACUUUACAUGUAAACUCACAUUGUGACAAUGAUUGAGAAAGGUCUUUGUAACUUGGAGAGUAUUGAUUAAAGGUUGUGUUUUAGUAAUGAAACUGUUGUGUGUAGAAGUAUGGUCUGUAAAAAAAGAUUUUGAAUUUAUAUGAGAUUUUGUAAGAAUUAAGUGUAAUUUUGAUAAAGGAUAGAGUAAUUGUGAAUAACUGAAGUCCCAAAGUUAUAAGAAUUAAAAGAGGUCAUCAUUUGUAGCGUAUUUUGAAUGUACAACCCUUGAAUUUUAGGCCCCAUUGGAUGUUUCUUUUGAGCCCCAGAAUUGAAUUCAUAGAAGCGUGUGGAAUAGUUCAGAGUCUUGUGCACAUUGGUCUGGUAGCUCUCAUGCCUUGGAUGGUGUGAGAAAACUUAAAUAAUAUGUACUUGACAUGUGUCUUUAGUUGCAUUUAUUAAAAUUUAUAUUUGGUCAUUUUUAAUUAUUGUAGGUUGUGUUGGUUAGAGAAUUCAUCAUCUGGAGGAAUUGAAUCUCCCUUGCAGUUACUGUAUUGUGAUCUUACAAGCCUUUGCAAACAGCAUAUUAUAUUGAUGUAGUAGUGUAUUUUAUUGAUUACAUUUGGAACAAUUCCUUAUAUAACUGUGAUACUGUUUGCAUUACUUUUGUCUUGAUAAUGAUUACAUCAAGAAAUGUUAACUGUCUGAUAAAUUCCCUCAUGAUUCUGAGUUAUGAUCUUUUAAAGAUUAAUGUAGAUCUGCAUUUGGUACAACAAAGGUAAAAUGGACAUUCCUUUUAAGUAAGUCAUAAUUUUACUGAUCUGUAUAUAAUGAAGUUUAGUUAGCAUGGAAAUUUGCUUCUCGGAAUAUGCUUUGUUAUUUUUCCAGUGUAAUAUAUACUUCUGUUGAUGCCACCAAGGCUGGUGUACCUUCUCACCUGGCUAUCCUUGGAGUACUGAACCAUGUGUUAGGAUUAUGGAAAUUCUAAUCAAAUGCAUCACUUAGUUUGCAAUGUAUUGUGUGUAUUUUAUUAAACAUAUUGUAUAUGUAAUCUUUUUGUGUUUUAUGUGUUGAAUAUUUUAUUAUAGCUUGCUCUGGCAGCAAUAUAUUGAUAUUUCAUU